CUCAUCUGGGGGUGGAUAACAGAUCCACCCUCGUCCUUUUUACUCUCACUUACUCUCUAGUCUCAAAUUAGUCGCACAAAUUAUGACUUUGGUUGAUAAAAAAACUAUUCAUUUUUUAUAUUAUUUGUGAUAGUAGAAAUAACAGUGAAUCAUCUAAAUAUUUAUUGAUAAUAUUUACGAGCAUUUUCUUCCUUUUUUAAUCUAUUUUUAAACUCUUUGACAAGUUUAUUACAAGACAAAUGUUGCAAGAAUGUUGCAUAGUUAUUUUUAAUUUUAUUAAUAAGCCUAAUAAACGGUUUAUAAAUUGUUUCUCAUCACUUAUAUUAUUAUUUAUAAAAAAAAAACUAUUGUGAUCAAGUUUUCAAAGUAAUUUGGAGUAAAUUAUUGCCAAUCCAACGUUGUUGAAGAAUUUGUUUUAAAAAUGAACCGAAACAAUGAAGAACAACGACCAAUUUCUCAAACUCUGUGCGGUGCAUUGCAAAAAGAAGCAAACUGUAAAUGUUUAGUUUUAUCAGUAUUAAUUUAUGGUUGUCUCGCUGCUGUCACAUGGUGUAGGUGUGCUAAUGUUACUAAGAUCGUCAUAAAUUUUUCAAAGUACCCGCUCAAAAGUACAAGACACGUGUCACCCUGUGAUGAUGGAUAUAUUUAUAUUCCUGUUGCCUUUAUGGGAAUGCUUUAUUUAGUCUACUUGGUAGAAUGUUAUCAUUCUCCUAUAAGAAUCGAUCUACUACAUGGGGAAAGUCAGGAUAGCGUUUUAUCCAAAUUAUCUCAAUUAAGACUCGCUCAGCCUACAAUUUGGUGGAAGGCAGUAUCUUAUCAUUAUGUUCGUAGAAAACGUCAAAUCACACGUUAUAGAAACGGUGAUAAUUAUACAACAACUCAAGUUUACUAUGAACGGAUAAAUAGUCAUGCAGCAACAUCAUUUUACUUUUAUGAUUAUUGUGGAGUGAAGGACAUUAGCAAAGAUUUAAUAAUGGAUCCGAAAAUUCCAAUAACUAAAAUAACACUGAGUAAGGGCUUUGCUUUUUCAAACAUGAGAUCUGCUACAGAAUUUGAAGAAGCUAGAUCAAGAUUUUUUGCUGAACAAGAACUUCGAGAUGACUACAUGGAAAUGAGAGAAGGUUUAGAUCUUGGGUAUAAUUUUAAUAGUUCAACAACAUUAGUUGCAGUACUUGGGAAGCCAUGGUUCACCAAUGCUUAUGUAUAUUGGUGUUUGAGUGCUCUUUUACUUAGCUGGCCAUUACGGAUAAUUAUAGAAUGUCACACACAAUACGCCAAUUACCAAGUAACUAAAUUAUUUGGUGUCAAUUAUGACACUCCAACGAGUGCAACGCAAAUUCAUGCUUCAUCGAGCCAAUUAAGUGCUCCAGGUUCUUAUAUGCUUGCUCCCAGUUACAGUGAAGCUUUAUUAAUGGAACCUGCUGGUCCAACGUCACAAGAGAUAUUUACAGGAGCUUCCAAUUAUCAAGAUAAUAGCGAAAUGCUAGUGCCAAGUUAUUCAGAAGCUCUUUUGUAUGAGCGUGCAGCGUCUUCGUGCAACCAAGUUCACGAAGUGACUUGUUCAGUUGGUAGAAGUGUUACUAACCAGAGUUUAGUUGCAGUGGUCGAAGCACCAUCGACUAAUUGCAAUUGUCCUUGUCAUCAAACUGAUAAUAAUGAGGAACAAGUUCACACUAAUUACUGCGGGCAAUUUCGAGGACACUCUACACCAGAUAUCCGCGUUUGCAGUACUUGUAAUGGUUCUUAUAACCCUCGAGAGGAAGGGUUUUCCAAUAUGGUACGGGAUAUUUCUGCACCAAAUUUGAAAUCCCAUUCCAGUUUUUCCAUGGGAAAUCUCAAUUUACAAUUCCUCAAGGAUAAUGGUCGGAGUUUAGAAAAUAUUUUAGAAAGUGAAGAAAAUUUUUUAGCCUCUUCAGAAAUAAGAGAAUGUGAUAGUAGAGCUAAAGGUGCAAUUCCUAAGCAGAAUCUUCAAGGUACAAGCAAUAGUUAUAAUCACUGUUCACAAGAUCAAGCUAGAUCAAGUAGGAUGGUUGAUAUUAUUGUAUCAUCUCAUUUGCCAACUUCUAAAACUUAUUUUUCACUAAAAUCUAUUCUUAAACAACAUAAGAGAAGAUAUACUUUAGUUACAACCGAAGAAUUAAAAAAUUUUACUGAUGUACAAGAUAAAAAUAAUGAAAUAAAUAAUGAUUCAGUUAUUGUUCUCCAUGAAAAUGCUUCUAAAAAACGUCUGUGGGUGUCUCCAAUGGAAAAUAAAUGGGAUAACAAUCCUCAUAGAACCCUUAUUUUUGCAUCUCCAAUUCAUGAAAUUUGUAAGUCUACUGAUCCAUUUACUGAAGCUGAUGGAGAAUGUACAGGAAUUAAUAAUUCAGAUCUUCCAGUACUUACACGAUUAGGCCAAUCUUUAACUGUUUUAGAAGAAAGCAAAGCUUCGUCCAAUAAUUCUAAUUCAAAUAGUAAUAAUAAUUUUAUUAUUAAUAAUAUUACUCAUAAGUGUAAAAAUAAACCACGUUUCAAGCAUCAUCAUAGAACUAUGAGUGAUGAGCCUGAAUUCUCGAAAAUUUUCUCGUCUUCCGAUGACCCAAAUUGCUCUCGGAAUAAUGAAAUAACUACAAGUUCCAGUAAUCGUUUUAUUACUAGUGGUUUAACCCGGUCUUUAACUGAAAGAAGACCAAAGCCUCCAAUAAGAGACAAGUAUUUUAGACACAGUUUUACCGAUGAAAGAACUGACUUAGGUCCUGCAAAAAGAAUUAAUUUAAAUAUGGAAACUUCGUUGUAAUUAUAAAAUCCAAUUAUUCACCUAGUUUUUUAAUAACUUAUUAGAAAAUUUUUUAUUUAUUUUAAAUAAUUCUUUUUUUAACGACAGGAGUAAUGAAAAUGCCUUUUAAAUUGAAUUCACGAGAAUACAUCAGUCAAUUACUUUUGUAAUUUGAUUGAAUAAAAAUUUUAGUUAAUUAGCUAAAU